UUGAUAUUCAAGGUGUUGGUUUACAUUUAUUAAACAAUGUCGGAAUUGGAAAAAACGGAAUUAACAACAGCGCAAAAAUGUCGCAUGGAACGAAAUCGGGCUAAAGCAUUAAAUAUACGUCAAACAAAAUUAGUUUGCCAUCCAUAUGCAGCUGGAAAAAGCAAUUGCCCUGAAUCAUCAAUUAUAAAGGUACAAGGUACAAAAUAUGUCGAUAGUGGUGGCGGUUUUCUAAUUGAAGAAACACACGAUAAACUGAACGAAAAUGUGCCGGACACAGAAAAGAAAAAUCAGGAAGUUGAAACUAUAAACAUUCCAAUUACAUACCAGGAAUGCAUUGAAUGUGGAGACCAAUUUGUUGAUUCCUUCUUAUACAACAACUUUCAAUAUUCCGUUUGCGACAAGUGUCGCGAUCCCGAUGAACGUCAUAGUCUAAUAACUCGUACCGAAGCUAAAGCUGAGUAUUUAUUAAAAGAUUGUGACUUUGAUAGGCGGGAACCGAUUUUACGUUUUAUUAGCCGAAAGAAUCCGCACAACGUACGCUGGGGUGAAAUGAAACUUUAUUUGCAUCUUCAAGUGCAACAGCGUGCUAUGGAAAUUUGGGGUACUGAAGAAGAACUUAUGCGCCAGCAUGAAAAUCGAGAAGAAAAGCGAGAAGUAAGCAAAGUACGAAAAUAUAACAAACAAAUGAAAAAGUUACGUAUGGAAAUUAGAAGUUCAUUGUAUACUAAGGACACAAAAGUAAACCAUGAGCAUGAAUAUGGUCCAGAAACGUAUAAUGAAGAAGAUGAUAAUUAUACUCGCUCCUGUACCAUAUGUCCUUUUGUACAAACAUAUGAAAAAAUGUAAAUGUAAAUGAAACUACUAGAAUACUAAGAUUUUCAUUUCGAUUAAUCCAGAAUAAUAUACUUUCGAUAUUGAUUGCUGAUAAUUUUAUAAUAUAUUUUUUACUACAACGAUUAUGUUAUUAUAAUUAUAAUUCUCUGAUGUUAACAAAUAGUUAAGUUAUUAAGUCUUCAAGAAAUAUACACAUACUC